AAGGCCAGGGGGUGGGGACUUUCCAUGGCUGCUGGCAGCAGGAGUCACUGCUCUCCACACAUUUGGGGCAAUGGGGGGUCACUUGACAGGUCUGCUUUCAAGGUGGCAGCGGCGGCAGUGGCAGCGACCACAUGGAGGCCCCUCCAGCAUCUGAGUGCUGGUGCUGGCUCUGCUGCCAGGGCCUUCAGCUGCUGGUGUGCAAUGGGAUUCAGAGCUUUUCCGUGGGGUUAUGGCGAUCCCCUUGCGGGGAAGUGCUUUGGAACAGUUUCAUGCUCAAAUUGGCCCUCCGUGGGGCACACCCAACUUGCCAGCCACAGGCCUUGUUGAACACCCCAAAAGCUUGUUGGAGAACAGCCACUCCCUGCCCCUCCCAUUGGUCUUCCUUCCCAUCAAUCAACAUUCAUCUCCAGGGGCAGGAAGAGGUGGGCUGGAGCAGCAACAAUAUCCCUCCCUGGUUUUUCUUCCCUUGAUUGGUUGGGAACUGAGAAAGAAUUCCUAAAUUGCUCCUGAGGUUCUGGCAGAACCCCCUCCUCACCAGAGAGGUGCAAUGGGCUGGAUCCCAGCAGCUGGUUGGCGUCCAUGUUCCAUGGUCAAGACUGGUUGCUGCUGGAGACCUCUUCCUGCCGCCACCCAGAUGGGGUUGCCUUCCACGGUGGCAUCCUCGCCGGGGCCUCCCCUCCUUCCUCACCUCACUGCCCAUCAUGCUUUUCUCCCUCUUGUCUCUUCUCUUGCAGAUGCUCAGCCCACAGAAGCCGAGACAGCUGUCUGGAACCAGGUGAAUGCUGUCCUGGAGGAAGCCCAGACCAUCCUGGCCGAACUGCAGUCGUACACUGGAGCUGGCCAAGAGAUUAGAGAGGCAAUCCAAAACCCCAGCGACUGGCAGCUCCAGGAGAAGGCCUGGAGUGCGGUGUGUCCUCUUGUGGCCAAGCUGAAGCGCUUCUAUGAGUUCUCGCUCCGACUCGAGAAUGCCUUGCGGAGCCUGCUGGAAGCCCUCACCAGCCCGCCCUAUGCCCCGACUCAGCACCUGGAGAGGGAACAGGCCCUGGCCAAGCAGUUUGCCGAGAUCUUGCACUUCACCCUCAGUUUCGAUGAGCUCAAGAUGACCAACCCUGCCAUCCAGAAUGACUUCAGCUACUACAGAAGAACCAUCAGUCGAAAUCGAAUCAACAAUCUGCAGUUAGAUGCCGAGAGCGAAGUGAACAAUGAAAUGGCCAAUCGGAUGUCCCUCUUCUACGCAGAGGCCACCCCAAUGCUGAAAACUCUGAGCAAUGCCACCACUAAGUUUGUGUCAGAGAACAAAACUCUUCCGAUUGAGGACACGACGGACUGUUUAAGCACCAUGGCCUGUGUCUGCCGGGUGAUGCUGGAAACGCCGGAAUACCGGAGCCGGUUCACCAACACGGAAACCCUCCUUUUCUGCAUGCGAGUGAUGGUGGGAGUCAUCAUCCUCUAUGACCACGUCCACCCCGUGGGGGCUUUUGCCAAGACCUCCAAAAUUGAUAUGAAAGGCUGCAUCAAGGUCUUGAAAGAGCAGCCGUCCAACAGCACAGAGGGUCUCCUGAAUGCCCUGAGGUAUACCACCCGGCACCUCAAUGAUGACACCACCUCCAAGCAGAUCCGGGCUCUGCUUCAGUGAAGGCCUCCUGGGCUCCAGCAGAGGACCGUGGCCAGAGACCUGGAGCAAAAGCUCUGAUCCACAUACCUUCAGCAGAAGUGGUAUUAAUGUUGACAUAUUGCUAUAAAUAACCAUUGGCCAUCCUAUUACUCAUUUUGUAAAAAGGGAGGAGGAGGAGGAGGAGGAGGAGGAGGAGGAGGAGGAGGAUGGGGGCGGGGUUUUAAAUUAUAUAAAUAUAUAGAGAGAGAGAUAUAAAUACACACGUGCAGAGAGAGAGAGCUGUAGGGAGCUGCUGUAGCAGACGACCCAGGCAGGCAGCCACUCAGUGGCAGCUUGCUCCUCUCCCCAGAUGCUUGGCGCAAUCCAGCACAGACGGGGGGGGGGGGCUCCCGUGGGUGUCGCCUGAUUGUCCUCCUCGUCGCGCUUGGCGUCUGUGUGCGUCAUGUGUCCAGUCCUCAGCCCUUACAAUCUGCCAGAGCUGGACCAACUUUGGGAGGGAAGCCGGGCAGGUGCAGCCCCAGCCGGAGAAAGGCGGGUCGCUGCCGGAAGAGUGAGCCGCCUGCCCUGGAGAAGCAGCGGAGGACAGGUCUGCCUGUGGCUUUACUGAGCCAGGAGAGGGCUGCUGCGGAGAGAGGUUCUCUUCCUUGAGGUAGGAUGAAUGUGCUUGGGAAACAAAUGACUCUUGAUCGGGGCUAACUGGAAUGAUGGAGGGAUGAUGACUCCAGACAUCAUCGUUAAAACUUUCAGCACAGAUUCCAUUCAAAAUGGUUCAGCCACACCUUUUAGAUUUUUAAUAUAAACAAAAUCCACUCACCUGUUAUUUUGUACAUUUUUGUGUCAAAUAAAAAAAGAAAAUUAAUCUAUUGUGACAGAACGUCA